AUGCGUGAAGGAUACGUAGCAAUUCAGGACCUGGACGCUGCCCUGCAGCAAAACCUGGUGGAGGAGGAGGCGGCGCCGGCGGGCGACGGCGCACACGUCGUGGAGGAAUAUGUCGACACGCAAACGAGGAUGGUGGCGUACCGGCUGCCCGCGGCGGGGCACUGCUACCUGGAGCGGCUGAAGGAGCUGAAGGCGCUCAACGCCACGGGGGGCGUCCCGGCCACGCGCACGCUCUACGCCUCCCACGUGCAGCUCAGCAAGCGAGAGGUAGGCGCUCCCCAG